ACCAAACCAUAUCAAUAUUUAAAUAGAUCCACUACAAUCCAACCCAACCCGAAAAUGAAGCUCUCUGCCCUUCUCCUCCUUUCAACAGCCGCCCUGGCCCUCGCCAAACCAACCCCGCCCCCCAAGUGUGGAGUGUGCAAUCCUAUCUCCGGGGUCAACGGCUGCGACAUCACAACCUCGUGCAUCAACACGGGAACCCGCUUCCACUGUGCCUGCCGUGCUGGCUACAAGGCUUCUAAGAAGAACAAUGACGUGACCAAGCAGUUCCGCCUGCCGAUGCCGGAUUAUGAGUUCUUGGUGUUUACGCCUGAGUAUACCACCUGUGAUACACUCUGCGAUAACCCGUAUGGAAAUAGCAAGGAUUUGUGUAAGGAGGUACCGGUAUAUGAUAAGUGUGCUGUUUAAGGUUCUUCGUUAGGUUUGGGAAGUGCAAGAAAGGUUGGGCGGAGAAGGUGAUUGUGACGAGUGGUUGUUGAUAAGACUUGAAUGCCUUAUAUAUGUGAGAUGAUGGAACGAUUUACGGAUCAUUCAAAGCUUGUUAAUAUUGAUUGGUUUAGUGGAUAGCUUCCCCUUGAAAAUUUCAUGAUUGAUUCAACGGG